AUGAUGAUCGGAGAGACAGGCUCAGGAAAAUCUACUCUCAUCAACGCAAUGAUCAACUACAUCAUGGGCGUUAAAUCGGAAGAUGAUGUCAAAGUGAAACUUAUUGAAGAAAAAGGAAAAGCAACCGCCAGCAAGACUUCUUGUAUCCACGUUUAUAAAAUCAACCACCUGGAGGGAUUUCACAUCCCAUAUUCCCUGACAAUCAUCGACACACCGGGAUUCGCACACACAGAGGGAAUUGAGAAGGAUAAAGAGACCGUCCAGCAAAUAAAGGAUUGUUUUACAUCUCCUCAUGGCAUCAAUGAAAUUGACGCUGUUUGUUUUGUUGUCAAAGCCUCUGAUGAACGUUUGACACCUGUACAAAGAUAUGUGUUUGAUGCGAUUUUAGGACUUUUUGGAAAAGAUAUAGAGAAAAAUAUUAUAUUUUGUGUUACCCAUUGUGAUAGUGGAAUUCCAAAAGUCUUAGCUUCUGUUUCUGAACUUUCAGUUCCAUGUGCAAAGGAUAUAUAUGGAAAUGCCAUCUAUUUUGAAUUCAACAAUUCAGACAGUUCUCUAAACACUUCUGAAGCCAAAGAUAACAUAAGUAAUUUGAGUAAAAAAAAAAAAUGUUUUUCGAAACAAUGCUGGGAAUUAAGCAUGGAAGGAAUGGCAGAUUUUUUUUACAUAUUUGCCAGAUUUAGGUACAAAAAGUGUAAUAUUAACUAGAGAAGUGUUGAAGGAAAGGGAAGCUCUACAGAUAGUUUUAGAAUGUCUGGUUCAGAGUAUUGAAGAAGUUAUGCUAAAAACCCAUGAGAAAGAGAGAAUUGUAAACAUUCUGAAACAGCAUGGAGCUGACAUUGAGAGGAAUGGGCAUUUUGAAUAUGAAGAAAAAGAAACGAGAAAGAAGAAAAUAGAGACAGAGACAGAUGCGACCAAUUGCAGUGAGUGUGACUCCACGUGUCACCACCCAUGUCUGGUUCCACAUGAUGCCUUCAUUUAUUUCUGUGAGAUUUUUUAUUGGAAUUCCACUUGUAGGAUUUGUGAACAUAACAAGAGUAGCCACCGGCGAGAGAAAUUCAAAUGGCAGAAGGAAGUAGUAACAGUAAAGAAAUCAUACGCAGAGCUAAAACAGAAGUAUGAAAAGGCUCAGUCUGAGAAGAUGUCGGUGGAAAUGAUUUGUGAAAAGCUGAAUUCAGAAAGACAGGAAGCAGAGCUGAAGGGAAUCAGGCUAACUGAGAAAGCCAGAGAUUGUCUUCAACGUCUGCGAGAAAUUGCAUUAAAACCAGAUCCGCUCUCUACUGCCGAUUAUAUCAACUUAUUGAUUAUUAAUGAGAAAAGCAAUAGGAAACCAGGAUUUACUGAAAGAAUCAGUUCUCUGGAAAAUCUUCAAAACCAAAUGACGAUCAGGAAAGGCUUAGAAAGUGUCCCAGUUACGGCAGCCGGAGAAAUAUGA